CACCGGGAGAGAGGCUGGGAUGGACCGGGAUAUACCGGGAGAGAGGCUGGGAUGGACCGGGACGGGCACCGGGAGAGAGGCUGGGAUGGACCGGGACGGGCACCGGGAGAGAGGCUGGGAUGGACCGGGAUAUACCGGGACAGAGACUGGAUGGACCGGGACGGGCACCGGGAGAGAGACUGGGAUGGACCGGGAUAUACCGGGAGAGAGGCUGGGAUGGACCGGGACGGGCACCGGGAGAGAGGCUGGGAUGGACCGGGAUAUACCGGGAGAGAGACUGGGAUGGACCGGGACGGGCACCGGGAGAGAGGCUGGGAUGGACCGGGAUAUACCGGGACAGAGACUGGAUGGACCGGGACGGGCACCGGGAGAGAGGCUGGGAUGGACCGGGAUAUACCGGGAGAGAGACUGGGAUGGACCGGGAUAUACCGGGAGAGAGGCUGGGAUGGACCGGGACGGGCACCGGGAGAGAGGCUGGGAUGGACCGGGAUAUACCGGGACAGAGACUGGAUGGACCGGGACGGGCACCGGGAGAGAGGCUGGGAUGGACCGGGAUAUACCGGGAGAGAGACUGGGAUGGACCGGGAUAUACCGGGAGAGAGACUGGGAUGGACCGGGACGGGCACCGGGAGAGAGGCUGGGAUGGACCGGGACGGGCACCGGGAGAGAGGCUGGGAUGGACCGGGAUAUACCGGGAGAGAGACUGGGAUGGACCGGGAUAUACCGGGAUAGAGGCGUGGAUAGCUCAGGAUGGGCACCGGGAGAGAGGCUUGGAUGGACCGGGAGAGAGACGGGGAUGGACCGGGAUAUACCGGGACAGAGACGGGGAUAGAUCAGGAUGGGCACCGGGAUAAACCCGGGGAUAGACCGGGAUACACACUGGGGGUACCGGUAUGGAGGCGGGACUAGAGCGGGAUGAGCAGCAGAAAAGGCCGGGGACAGUUCGUGCUUGAGGCUGGAUGGGCAGCGGGGAUGCACCGGAGCGGAGGCGUGCAUGGACACAGCUAGCAGGGCGAGUCACCGGGAUACAUCGGGAUAGAGGCAGCGAUGGGCACUGGGAGCACCGAGGAGAUGCCCUGUGAGAAGAGGAUCCCCCGCGGAUUCCUGCAGGGCUAAAAGUUCCCUCGAGCAUUAUUUGGAAUUACCUCCAUAGGAGCAGCCUCAUCUUCUGCUGAAGGCCGUCGGCAUGAACAGGAUCCGGAUUCACGUGCUGCCGACGAGCCGAGGCCGCCUGACCCCGGUGCCGCGGCCGCAGGAGCCCCUGGCCUGCGCCUUCGCCCCCCGGCCCUGCUCCCAGCCCCGCCUGGAAGGGCAGGAAUUCUGCAUCAAGCACAUCCUCGAGGACAGGAAUGCUCCCUUCAAACAGUGCAGCUACGUGUCCACGAAGAACGGGAAGCGUUGUCCCAAUGCUGCUCCCAAACCCGAGAAGAAGGAUGGCACCUCGUUCUGCGCGGAGCACGCCCGACGCAACGCGCUGGCGCUCCAGGCUCAGGUGAAGAAAUCCAACCCCGGGCCCGUGGGCGAGACCCUCCUGUGCCAGCUGAGCUCCUACGCCCGGGCAGAGCUGGGCUCGCAGAGCGCCGAGAGCAGCCGCAGCGAGGCCAGCCGCAUCCUGGAGGAGGACAGCUGGAGUGACUGCGAGCAGGACCCUGUCACCGUGGAGCAGACGUGGCGUGGGGACCCUGACAGUGAAGCUGACAGCAUCGACAGCGACCAGGAGGAUCCCCUCAAGCACGCUGGCGUGUACACGGCCGAGGAGGUGGCUCUGAUCAUGAGGGAGAAGCUGAUCCGCCUCCAGUCCCUCUACAUCGACCAGUUCAAGCGGCUCCAGCACCUGCUGAAGGAGAAGAAGCGCCGGUUCCUGCACAGCAGGAAGGGAGAGCACGAGGCCAUCGGGAGCAGCCUCCUGACAGGGCCAGAGGGGCUGAUGGCCAAGGAGAGGGAGAAUCUGAAGCGGCUCAAGUGCCUCCGGCGCUACCGGCAGCGCUACGGGGUGGAGGCUCUGCUGCACCGGCAGCUCCGGGAGCGCAGGGUCCUGGCCACCGACGGCGCGGCCCAGCAGGCUCACACCACCCGCUCCAGCCAGCGCUGCUUGGCCUUUGUCGAUGAUGUCCGCUGCUCCAACCCGUCCCUGCCGAUGACCCGGCACUGCCUCACACAUAUCUGCCAGGAUACAAACCAGACACUGUUCAAGCCGUGCCAGGGCUCGGAGGAAGUUCCCUGCAACAAGCCCGUGCCCGUGAGCCUGUCUGAGGAGCCGUGCUGCCCCCUGCACCUCCGGCUGCCCCCCCAGAUGUACGUCCCAGAGCAGGUCCUGGCCGUGCCCCAGGAGCUGGGGGCUGCUCCCACGGAUCUGUACCUGAGCGCGGCCGAGCUCCAGCCCACGGAGAGUUUGCCCCUGGAAUUCAGCGAUGACCUGGACGUGGUGGGUGAUGGGAUGCAGUGCCCCCCAUCCCCUCUGCUCUUUGACCCUUCCGUGACCCUCGAUCCGUCCCUGCGGGACAUGGCCGAGGCUCCCAUCGACAUCCUGGCGCUGGAGGAGCCGGACAGGGGCAGCUCCUCCACCCCGCUCGUCCCUCCGGCCGAGGGGCCAGCGCAGCAGAGUCACCUCCCGUUCCAGCCGGGGCCCCGGGAGCAGCAGCAGCCACAGGACACGGCCUCGUCCAGCCCGGCCCGGGGAGCAGCUGCCAACGGGAGCCUGGAGCCGGGGGCUGUGGGCUGAGCCCGGGGGUCCCCACACCUGGGGGACCCUCGCCGUGGGACCUGGGGGGACUGGAGUCCUGCUCCAGCGCCGGGAUGAGCUGCAGCUCCGGCUCCUCUGCCGAUUCCUGGAGCCACGGGGACCCCUGAGACCCCAGGAUGGGGCUCCAGACCCUCCUGUCCUCUGUGGGGGUGGAGUAGCCACGGGAGACUGGGGAGGGAAAUCACGGAAUUUCUGAGGGGCUCUGCCACACCCUGGGGGGGGGGGGAUGUGGCCCCGUGAGGUUUUGGGGGCACAGAGGGUCCGUCCCGCGGGG